AUGUCUGAGCUUGAUUCUCAGUAUGUCAAGCGCGGAGCCUGGACCAAUCUGGCCGAGGGUCCAGUCAUGGGGCGUACGAUUACAACAGAUACGCGAACUGGAACAGUGGUAGUUGCCCUUCUCGCCGUACUAUCAGCGCUAGCAGCAUCCCAUCUCUGGAGCAUUGUGGUCUUCACGUCUCACCAGAUUCGUGCUCACGGAAGACCAGCAGAUGGUCUGUUCCGACAGCAGCAGGCUUUACUCAGGACGAAUCCCCCGCCAUCAGCACUACUGGCGGAUUGGAUCAAGCUCUGGUGGGUGUGGCGCAAGAGAACAUCUCGAGCCUCCUGGAGAUCGACUCCACUGCUCGUUUUAGCUGCUUUCUUUGCAACUGCAACGAUCGCAGUGAGUAUCUUCUCAUCAUACAUCGUACGCAGUGCAAAUACCAUAGUUCUGGUCAAAAGCGAUGGCUGCGCGCCUCUAGAUAUCUACGAACCCUUCGUAGGCGACUAUCUAGAACACAUUGAGGGGAUUACAAAUUACAGGAACAACUUGUACGGCCGCAGCAGACUGUUUGCCCAAGAUUGUUACAUAAACUCCACAUCUCUUCCCGCCCGCUGUGGAAUAUACAUCCGACCGAACAUACCGAUAGAACCAACACUUGUCGAUUGUACAUUUGACAAAAGCAUAUGCAAACAAUACGAGAAAGGAGGUGCCAGUGUUGAUUCGGGUCUGAUCGACGUCAAUGGAAUCUUUGGAUGGAACUUGAAACCAUCGGACCGAAUUCGCUAUCGACGUAAAUCUGUGUGCAGUAUCAUUAAAAGCGAAGGUCACUCGUCAACCAUCGAUGCUUCCAGCUUUGAUUACGGCUCAAGAGACUGGCUGCCCGGUGAACAACUUCUUCUCACUCAUUAUGGUGAAAGCCGAUUUUCAACAGUCUGGACAAACACUACGUUCAUAUACAGCUUUUUGGCGGGUAAUAUCUCUAGUUCUUUUGGUUCCGGCACCGCCCAACUCUUCCGAACCCCACAGCUGGACGGUUGGAACGACAUAAGCACCACACUACCUUCCUUAAAUGUCGAAAACGCCGAUCUGGCCCUUGUACAGGUCAAACCAAACAAGUUCCUGUUCGGAAAUCCGGUAGAUGAUCCACUGUUUGCGGCGCAUGUCCCAUUUCUCAGGCGGGGCUACGACGACCCAAAUUUAACGCACUAUCUAUCCGAUAAUGCUGUUUCUACGCUUGGGUGUAAUCAGCAAUAUCAAUAUUGUUACUUGAGGAAUGGAAAAGAUGAGUACUGCACAGAGCUGGGACCUGUCCCUGGAAACGCGUCCUCCAUUCAGUUUCCUGGGGCCUCCGAUAUACAGAGAGCCAGUAUGCAGCUCUUAAUAACAGGAGCCCUGUUGACCGAAAGUGUGGUUGCGGCAUCGCAGGCUUUUGAAAUAAAGGAAAAGUCUCGGAGCGGAUAUAUAGCAUCAUUGCCAAACGAUCAAUGGAUCCGUGAAAUCACCACGUGGGAAAGAUUUAUCUGGGCAUCACUGCAGACCUUUAUUGCGGAUUACUCAAUCGGCUACCACCACCUCGAACCCACUGCAAAAGCGCAUAUGAGAACCAAUAUGACGGAUGCAGAAAAGUCUCUGUGCGGUAUGCAGAGAAUGAAAAAGGCUGGUGGUUUCAUGAACAUCAACGUCUUUGGCCUCACCUUCAUCAUUGUCUUUUCCUGUGUUAUUACUCUAGUGGAUCUCUUGCUUCUCAAGUUCUUGAUCUUCUUGAGCCGCUUUCGCAGGGCUGUUGCAUUCCGCAUCGAUCUCUGGAUCCAGGACGGUGUAUUUCAACUCCAGAGAAAGGCAUACGAAGGACACAACCAAGAAAGCUGGCAAAUGGUGGACAAGGAAAUACCGGUUCCUGUCAAGAAUGAUAAACUGGAGAAUCUCCCGCUACAGAUUGACCCCGUUCGAUACAGACGUGUGGUCCGCGCUCAAACUGAUCGCACGGUAGUUGAGGACGACACAGAAAGCGAGAAGGGAGAUAAGAUGCGCACUUUGAGCAAUGAUUCUUAGAAUCUGACUCAACAUGGCAAUGUUUAUUAUAAGAUGCGGGUAAGAGAGAGGAGAUUUCACGUAUAUCUCAAAUUGUAUACUAGCCUGUCGCUCCUGUAAGAUGUUAAGGAAAUUAUGCGGACUUCGGUCUCUUCUCGAGUUGUAGUAGCACGCCAAGUCAUUCCUUCCAGUAUCUUAGAUGGCCUUAUCGAC